UCUUAGGUGGCUCUGCCACCCACCUUCUCCCAGGUCGAGAGCUGUGUCCUGGGGCCUGUCUCCAUGACCGCCCUGCUGGCUAACCUCAGUCUCCCCGGGACUCUGUUGGGCCUGACAGAGACCGAUAGCACCCCCAACCUAACAGGGCCUGUAGAGUUACCACAAACAGUGGGGAGAGGCGAGCUAGGGGGCUCACUAGCCCCUCUCUGUACCUUCUGCUGCUGCGGUCUCCUGAAUCGCACCCUAGCAGUUGUCUUCAUGGUCAGUCUGGCCUUUGCCAUAGUGGUGGGGAAUGUGGUCACACUCACGGUCUUCAUGCAAACAAGACAGUCCCGGACACCACAAGGAUACCUAAAAGUAUCUCUGGCCAUAGCCGACAUGAUGGUGGGAGUCCUGGUGGUUCCUUUCUCUGUCUACACAGAGAUCUCCCUGAUGGUGACCAGCAGCCCACCAAUCUGGUACCAGGGGGGGUCCACCCCUUCCUCGCCCUUGUCUCUGGGUGGACUGACUGCACCCUGGCAGCCCUGUAUGCUUAUUGGCCCAGUGUUUGCUGGCUGUACGUUUGUCUCCAUCAGCACCAUCUUCCUGAUGACAGUAGAACGCUGCAUUGCAAUCCUCCGCCCCCUCCACAAGGACGCCCUGGUGACCAGGCGUCGCACCCUGCUCCUCAUCCUCCUCUCCUGGGCCGGCUCCUUCAUGCUGGCCAUGGCCCCCCUCAUUCUCAGCAACAACUUCACCCUGGAGUACAACGAAUGCAGCCGCAUGUGUAACUAUGCCCCCCUGUUGUUGGGAGGGGAACUACCGCCGGAUGCCAACAUCUUAUUACUGUUUCCAGCCUUUGAUUUCAUCCUGCUGGGGGUAACACUGGCCGUCAACAUCCUCUCCUUCACCAGCAUUCGCCGGUAUACCCACAAACGCAAACUCCUGUCAGAGGGAAGUCUAGGGGGAGAUGGGGGAGGAGGAAGCGGGGGAGGGUGCCCCCACAGACCCUCUUUCUCGGACAUCAAGGCGGCCAAGACCAUCGGCAUCCUGACCUUUGCCUUCACAGCGUCGUUUUCUCCAAUCGCUGUGUUUGUGCUGGGGAAUGUGGUGGGCUACAUCUGGUGUAACUUCUCUUUCUUUGCCUUCUGGAUUCUGACCGGGAACAGCUGCUGCAAUGUCAUCAUCUACAGCGUCAGGGACCAGCGUUUUAGGAAGGGCGUCACACUGCUCUUCCAGAGAGACCACUCGCCUCCGCACGGUGAGAAGAACUGAGGGGAGAACAGGGCAUUUACACAGCCUCUUCCCACACUUCUCCAUCACACCCCUCCACCCUUGCACCUCUUAUGCUCCCUAGAGAUGAGUGGGAUGGCGAGACUAUCCCCACACCUCCCUCUUCGGAGAGGGAGAAUGAUCAGGGACCAAGCUACAGUUAGCAUCCGCACACCUCCACCCCAGCCAGCAUUACUGCCACUGCUGCUGUAACACCAGCCAAGCCCUUCCUUCACUCCCUUGACUCAGACCUGACCCAUUUGCCCAUCCCCCCUUCCAUGUCCCUCCAUCCUCUUUGCCCCUUCCAAGUCAUUUAAAAUCUAGUCAUUGAACUGUGAGGCAAAUUGCAUACUGUAAUUAUCUUACAGCCAGUGACUGUGUAUUCUGAGCAAGGUACUAGACCCUGCUCUUGGGCUUUACUUUGAAGAGGGCUUCUUCAGGCAUUUCACUUCAGGGACCAACAACCGAACACUCAGACUCAGUCUUUACACUGUGUCUGACUCAUUCAUAUUUGGAGAAAUAGAUGUCUGUGACACAAAGGGUGUUUGACAUGAUGGUUAGAAGCCAUUAAAAGUCUUAUGUACACAACUGUGCAAAAUGGCAAUCUUGUUUGAGUAAGGCAAACAUGCUACAUGCAGUAGUGUGCAGACCAUUCAAUUGUCACAUAACAAAUAUUGCAGUUUGCAUGGACUUCUAUUUUGUAUUCAGUAGCUUGGGUAAUUUAGUUGUUUAGAGAAUAAAUCGUACUUAAUUCUCUAACUCAACUGACUGGAGACCGGUGUGUUUGUGAGAACAUGCACUUUAUCAUGGUGGGUGAGUUAUAUGUAAAAGCUUUUUUUUUCCCUUUAAUUAAUUAAUUAAAUUUUGCACACUUUUUGGAUUGACUGCUUUUUAUUUUUGCAUCUGAAUCUAUUUUUAUUGAAUCAACCUUUAAUUAGAGGAGAAAUUGUGUAUAUAUUCAGACAUUUAUGCUAAAUUAAGGAAAAACAGAAAGACACAAAGAGAGAGGAAAUCACCAAAUUGUAGAAGCUGUGUGUUUUGUUCUGACUGACAGUUACUAAGUAAGACAAAACCUAUCUGUAUCUAAUACAAGUCAAUCUCAGUUAGUUAUAUUCAUAUUGUGUCAAAAAGGGGCUACAUUAAAAUCACCUUCUUAUAAAAGAAUAACCGUUACUACAGUUAAUUUUACAGUGCAGUGAGUGAUUUGCACACUUAAUCACUUUGUAGAUACAAAGAGUAAUACAUUCCAGGUUCUACUGUUGUUUUACUAUGUGAUUUUAUAAACUGCCACUAUCUACAGUAUCAGGGAAGAACACAUGACACAUUGAUCACUUAUUCAGAAUAUUUCUAGAAACACAAACUAAUGCAAAUGACUGAAUAUGAAAAGUGGCAGUCAAAUUUGAAUAUAUCUAUUCGUUUGGUAUUUAUUAUUGAAACUAUACUUGUUAUGAAUAAUUUAAUGAUUGAUGCCAUUACAUGACAAUAAUUUUAAAGGAUGUAUUGUCAUUUGUUUUACAAUAUAAAAAUAUAUAAUUUAGGACUUCCAUCGACUUGGAGGGAUUAUUGUACCAAGUGCACAUUGUUGCUUUGAUAUUGAAACACUGUACAGAGUCUUGAUCAGUACUGCAUUAUUUAUAUGAAAAUGACUGAUUUGGUA